AUGCAGUCCACGGAGCCCUGGAGCCCCAGCUGGGGUACGACGUCCUGGGACUAUUGGGGCUCGGGCUCCCUGGACCAAAUGGAGCUGUGCCCGGCCUGGGACCUGCCUUAUGGUCACGCCAUCAUCCCUGCGCUCUACCUAGCGGCCUUUGCCGUGGGCCUGCCAGGCAACGCCUUCGUGGUCUGGCUGCUGGCCAGGCAGCGCGGACCGCGCCGGCUGGUGGACACCUUCCUGCUGCACCUGGCAGCCGCCGACCUGGGCUUCGUGUUCACGCUGCCACUGUGGGCUGCGGCGGAGGCGCGCGAUGGCCAGUGGCCCUUCGGCGACGGCCUGUGCAAACUCAGCAGCUUCGCGCUGGCCGCCACACGCUGCGCGGGCGCGCUGCUCCUAGCGGGCAUGAGCGUGGACCGCUACCUGGCCGUGGGCCGGCCACUGAACGCGCGGCCGCUGCGUACCCCGCGCUGUGUGCGAGCCGCGUGCUGCGGCGCCUGGGCUGCGGCGUUCCUGGCGGGUCUGCCCGCCUUGCUGUACCGCGGCCUGAAGCCGAGCCUGGACGGCAUGGGCAGCCAGUGCGCCGAGGAGCCCUCGGAUGCGCUCCAGGGCCUCGGUCUGCUGUUGCUACUACUGACCUUCGCGUUGCCGCUGGUUGUGACCCUGACCUGUUACUGCCGCGUGUCGCGUCGCCUGCCGCGCGUGGGUAGGGCCCGGAGCAACUCGCUGCGCAUCAUCUUCGCCGUGGAGAGCGUCUUUGUGGGUUCCUGGCUGCCCUUCGGCAUCCUGCGUGCCGUCUUCCACCUGGCGCGGCUCCGGGCGCUGCCCUUGUCCUGUUCGCUGCUGCUGACGCUGCGCUGGGGUCUGACCGUCGCCACUUGCCUGGCUUUUGUCAACAGCUGUGCGAACCCGGUCAUCUACCUCCUGUUGGACCGCUCAUUCCGCGCCCGAGCCGGGUUCGGGUUGUGCUCGCGAACCGGGCGUCAGGUGCGCAGGAUCAACUCGGCCUCCUCUCUCUCCGACAGCUCGGUGUUGUGGGGCCGGUCUCCGAAGGCGAACGCUGCCUCCGCUGCCUCGUAGCCUCCCCGGGACAGAGCAGGUAGAGCAGCCGCGGAGCUCCAAAGAGAGGAACCACAUCGAGGGUGACGGUGCUCCCAGAUGCGCCUGGGGACUGUCCAUUGGCUUUCUCAGAACGAAGAC